AUGACGCGCUGGAGGCUUGUCUGCAGCGGGAGAAACGUGAUGUUGUUAUGCGCGCUGCUGCUGAACAUAGCGAGAGCGGAUAUGGAGCUGUCCCACAGUCAUGCCCCACUGGGCGUCUCUGCUCCACACAUGUACUACACCUGUCCAGAGGGGGCGACAGUGAAGCUGCUCUGUAACCAACGAGGGGCCUUGAAAUACUCCACGGACAAACUCCAACACAACUGGUUAUUCACACAACACAGUGACCAGCUCUGUUCCGGCCACACCAGACCCAGAAAUAUUGGACACAAGUUGCCUGCAGGUGUGAGCAUCGGCUCCUCCGCUGACAACUUUUGGCUGAUUAUGGAGAAUGUGACGUAUGCAGACCAAGGCCGAUACUGCUGCAUGGCUCUGGACAUACAGGAGGCCAACCAUCACAAAGUACUUCUCCAGAGACAACACAGUCACAUAGUGCUGGCAGUCACACCAAGAAGAAAUGGCUCUCAGGAGUGCACAUAUGUGGACCCCACUCCGCCCGGAGGCGCUGUGCCAGUGGCUUUGGCCGUCGCUGCCUGUGUUUUGGCUCUGCUCUCGCUGCCUCUGAUUCUGGUGCUGGUUUACAAACAACGGCACAGCGUCCGUUCAAGCAGACGUGCCCAGGAGCUCGUGAGGAUGGACAGUGAAGCGCAGGGCCAUGAGAACCCAGUAUUUCUUGGUGGAUCUCCUCAAGUUAAAACCCGAACUGUGUCUCAAAUCAUGACCAGGCAGUCCUCCGAGACGGGGCGCCACCUGCUGUCUGACCCUGGAACUCCCCUCUCCCCACCGGGACAUGGAGACGUGUUCUUCCCAGCAGAUGACCCCAUCCCUGAGUCUCCAGACCUACUUUAA